CGCCCCCAUCUUGGCUGCUGUGUUAUUCGUCGACUGACACUGCGAGUCAACACCGCCAUGUUUGUUGGCGAUGCAAUUGAACGGAGUAUCUUAGGCAUCGAUUGAAAAUUUUGCAUUGUUCGUCCAAGGCGUCGUGGUUGACGACUUCAGGUGGUAGAUAUAUUAUAUCCAGAUAUCUAUUCCCCGUUGCCCCUGUCUCCCGAAAUUGUUUGUGUAUCGGCUCUAUCGAUAAAAGGCUUGUGCUUGGCCGGGAUCGACAUUGGCUUGCAAGGGGUUGGGAGUAGGGAACGAAACUGGCUUCGUCUCCCACAGCGAACCAAUGACUUGCAUUCCUGUGACCUCCUGACGCCGUACUCUAUCGCAGCUCUUCAUCACUUGCAGUUCGCUAUCUCUCUCAAGAAGAGGCUCUAUAAUCGAAGCCUCAAAGUCUUUCGUUCUUAAAUCAUUUCAACGCCCUCGCCACCGCGACAAAUGCUUUCUCACCUCAAAUUGCGCAAAUACCACGCCCAAGUCCAGCAUGGCGGCUCUUGUGGCCGCGUCGCAAACCACAGAUGUCAGCGAGAGCGCGUUUCGUCGACAAAGGACCCCGAAAUGGUUAAGGAUUGGAACGGAUGAGUUACCUCGGUCGCGUUGUCACGAAGUGCGGGCAGGCGAUAAUUGGCGCAAUAUGCACACCGCUAUGCUCAAGCACAGCAAGCCAUCCCAACGGGUAUGCAGGAAUCCCUUUUUUCUCUAACGCAAAUAGUCGAGUCCCAACUCCUACCUCUGGUCUAUCUGCUCCCAAGCCUACUUGACCCUUCCACUCCCUUGCUCCGUCGAGAUCGGCCCACCCUGACCCCAGUCACAGGACAUCAUUCCUAGUUAUGAGGUCUACCUAGAAGCAACUGCGCUGGUCGCAGCCUUGUUACACGAAUUAUCAGAAUCUCCCAGACCUUAUGGAACAUGCCCACCGUUCAGCGACUACGAGUGCCCUCCCCCUCCAAGUCUGUCCGAGCCACUUGCACGUGCGAAGGUCCUUGCCACAUCGGAGCAGCCAGCGUCCUCGCCGCACCGCGACGCUAAGCCGCCAAACCCAGAAAUGGAUUUCAGCGUAGAUUUUGGCGCCGCAAGCGGUGUACAGACGCGAGGCAAGAAGGCAAAGCAGAAGGCCGCGAAAGCAGCUUCGCAAGCCAAAUGGUUCGAAUCAGACAAUGAAGGAGAGGGUAACGCCGCCGGAGAUGGUGGCGAGGGCGCUGGAGGAGAUGGUAAUGGAGGGAGUGCCGGGGGCGAUGGCGGCGGGGACGACAACAACGGCGGUGGUGGAGAUGAUGAUUGGGAUUUCGGUGGUAGCAAGAAGAGCAAGAAAAAGAACAAAAAGAAGCAGGAAGAGGAAGAGAAGAGGCAGCAGGAAGAGGAGGAACAAAAAAAGAAGGAUGAGGAAGCUGCUAACGCCGCUGACCCUCUCAGUUGGGCUGACGAGACUAACAACGCUGCUGCUGAGGACGACUGGACCACAGGCUUCACAUCGAAGAAGGAUAAAAAGAAGAAGAACAAGAAGGGCGCGGAGGAUCUCCCUGCUGACCCACCAGCAACUUCUGCGUUUCAGGAUAUCAGUCUUGAUGAUACCGCUCCCAAGCUGGAGUUCAGUUUCGGUGGGUCAGACGGUAAGAAAGACAGCGGCGGCUUCGGGGCUUGGGGAAAGACCUGGGACUUUGAUUCGCUUGACACUGGGACUACCAAGGUGGAUGACAAGUCCUCGAAGAAGGACACAGACAAGAAGGAUGGCUCUACUGAAUUUGGCGACAACAACCCCUGGUCCCUUGGCGGCAACAAGUCGAAAAAGAAGACCUCGACAUUCAGUAAUUUUGACUUUGGCGAUCUAGACUCCGGCAACAAUACAUUCAACCUUGACGGAGAUGUCGGCGAUACAAAGCCUACGGAUGAUGCUUGGGGUUUCACUUCAGUCGGCAAGAAGGACAAGAAAAAGAAGGGAGCAGUAGAGGAAAAGAAAGAGGAAGAGCCCGCUCCGGUAGAACCAGAGCCCAAGGAAGAGGACACUUGGGGAGCCUGGGGAACGUCUACGAAGAAGAAGGACAAGAAGAAGAAAGGGUGGUUGGAUGAUGACCCGAUCGAGGAGCCGAAGCCUGCCGCACCGGCUGAGCCCGAACCAGCGGCAGCAGAAGACGAAUGGGCAGCAUUUUCCACCAAGAAGGAUAAGAAGAAAUCCAAGAAAGGAGCUGCCUUGGAGGAACCUGUGGCUGCGACGAAAGAUCCUAUUGUAGAUGCCGGAAGUACGGAUAAUGCUUUCGACUGGGGAUUCGGAACGGCCAAGAAAGACAAGAAAGCUAAGAAGGGCUUCAAUGCACUCGAAGACGACCUCCUGGCUGUCCCCGAUCCUCCUGCUGCACCAGAACCUGCUGCUGAUGAUGGCGAUGAUUGGAUGGCUUCCGCAUGGGGCACCAAGAAGAAGGACAAGAAAUCAAAGAAAGGUGCGGUGGUGGAUCUUUCGGCUUCUGUCGACCUAGGAGAGACCGAUACCAAAGCCACGGCUCCUGAUACUCAGCCGGAGGAUGACACCUGGGGUGCUUUUUCGACAACAAAAAGUAAGAAAGACAAGAAGGGUAAGAAAGCCACCCCGCUGGAAGAAGAACCACCGCCGCCACCACCACCUGAGCCAGAACCUCCCGUUGAGACGGAUGAUUUCUGGGGCUCUUUUGGCAAGAAAGACAAGAAGAGUAAAAAGGGCAAGCUUGCCAGCCCCGAGCCUUCAAUCCCUGAUCCAAUAAUUGAGGCUGAACCUGAAUCUGAGCCAGCAAAGGAAGAAACGCCUAAAAAUUUCGUGGAUACAUCUGCCUGGGCUCAUCUGACCCCGAAAGAGCGAAAGAAAAAAGAGAAAGAGGCCAAGAAGCAGGGCCUCAUUGUGCCGGCCGAAGAACCCCCUCCACCACCGCCUGAACCAGAACCUGAGAUCAAAGAAGAAGAUGAUACUUGGUCAGCCUGGGGUACUUCCAAGAAAGACAAGAAGACUAAGAAGAAGGGCUUCUUCGAUUUCGACGAUGAACCACUGCCGGCGCCUGAGCCUGAUCCUGAGCCUGAGCCUGAGGUCAAGGUAGAGACGGAAGACACAUGGGGUACUGUAUCUGCUAAGGAUAAGAAGAAAGCGAAGAAGAAGGGUGUUCUUGAUGUUGUGGAAGAGCCGCCACCACCACCUGAGGUAGAGCCGCCGAUCAAAGAAGAGCCAAUCCUGUCUGCGAGAGAAAAGAAAAAGAAGGAAAAAGAGGCCAAAAAGAAAGGGUUCUUCGACUUUGACGAUGAGCCUCCUGCGCCUCUGCCUGAACCUGAGCCUAUUGUUGAAGCCAACGACGACGACGAUUGGGGAGGUUUUGGCCUUUCUUCCAAGGAUAAAAAGAAGAAAGAAAAGGAAGCUAAAAAGAAAGCCGCCGCUGCCGCUUUAGAACCCGAGCCCGAGGUCUUGGUUGAACCUGAAGCUCAGCCAGCCGAAGACAACUUGGACGAUGCGUGGCCCGCGUGGGGCACUGCGAGCAAAGACAAGAAGAAAAGUGCCAAAGACAGCAAGAAGAAAGGUAUUGUCGAGAUUGAUGAGCCCAAACAGCCUGAGAAGCCUGCUGAAGAUGACAUAUGGGGUUCUUGGGGCAAAAAGGACAAGAAGAGCAGCAAGAAGUCCAAGGCGAACGAAGAGCCCCCUCCACCUGUUCCUAGCCCUCCCGCUCAAGGUCUCACUCCAGAGCCUGAUCCACUGGAGAUGCUGAACGACGAUGAUACUUGGGCGGGCUUGACGACCACCAAAAGCAAAUCUUCCUCGAAGAAGAGCGCGGCCAUGGAGAAGGAGAAGUCGAAGAAGAGCAAAGACGUUGCUGAUAUAGUGGAGACACCAGCUGAAGAAGCUCCAGCCAAGGCCAGCAAGAGUAGCGUUUGGGGCUUCGGUACAACUACCACCACUACCAAAUUGACGAAGAAAGAGAAAGAGGCAAAGGCCAAAAAGGAAGCCGAAGAACAAGCCAAAAAAGAAGAGGAAGAGAGGCUUGCUCGCGAGGCUGACGAGGCCGAAGCUGCACGAUUGGCCGAGGAAGAGGCUGCGAAGAAGUCUAAGACAAAGGCCGGCAAGUCGUCAAAGACUGAGACCAAGUCGAGCAAAAUCAGGGACAUGGAUGACCUGCUUGACGUCCUUGAGGAGCAAACUCCUGGCGGGAAACUUGACAAGUCUUCCAAAUUGAAAAAGGGCUCUUCCACCAAGGAGGAAAAAGUCGAAAGCAAGAAGACUGAAGACUAUUUUGGACUCUGGGGUAGCGGGUCGACGUCCAAGAAGACAGCUGGCAAAAAGGAGGUUGAUUCCAAAAAGGAAAUUACCAAACAGGGGUCGUCCAAUGAGGACGACGCACUAGCCAACCUCACGAACGAUCUCGACUUCGAUCUCGACCUUGACAAGCCGGCGAGCUCGUCGAAGACCUCCAAGGCAAUGACCGCGGGCAAGAGCAAAUUGAACUCUUCGGUUGCAGACCGCAUCAAAGCUUUGGAAGGCAAAAAAGAAGACGGCGGAAAGAAGUCGAAGGCAGACGUGGCGCUGACUAAGGAUUUGCCUUCACCUCAAGACGCGCCUUCGCCCAAAGAGGAAAAGAAGCCAAAGGACAAGGCGUCAGCCUCCAAGUCAAAGGCUGUCGAGACGAAGUCUUCCAGCAAGAAGACCAACGCGUCUUCUGCUGCAGCAGAGAAGAAAUCGAAAGACUCGGUUCCUGGAAGCUUUCCUGGCGCGUUCGGUGACGACUUUGACGACUUCCUUGGUACUGACAAUCCAUCAAUGCCGACUUCGCCUGAGAAGCCCAAAACGAAGGCGAAGACAGUGGAAAAGAAGAGCACCAAGACAUCAAAAACUACUACGCCGAAGGAGUCAGCUACAAGGGACAUUGAUUUGCUCGCUGACAAUCCGCCCAAACUGCCAACGCCGCCACCAGAGGAGAAAAAGUCGGCUAAGAAGGAACGCCCCAAGGUUGAACGGUCCGCUACUGCCUCUUGGGGCUUCUGGGGUGCUGCUCCUCCCCCGAAAAAGUCGACAAAGGAGAAAGUCAAGGAAGACGUGGACUUGUCACCACCCGCCAAGAAGGAAAAGUCGCCAACCGGCCUGACGCGGUCGAAGUCGACUCGUACCCCAAAGGAAAAGGAGCAUGAGGACAGGAAGGAAGCCGAGAAAACGUCAAAGUCUUCUGAGUCCGACAAGGACAGUAAAGCGAAAAAGGCUACCAGGCCAACGGCAACGCGCGGUACCUCAUUCUCCAACUUCAUGUUCGGCGGUCCUCCACCGUCGGCAAUGCGACCCAAGACGACAACGGCGACGACCCGGAGAUCAAGUAGUGCUGCUAGCUCUAGACCGUCUUCAUCCCGACGGCAAUCUGUAGAUGGCUUGAUGUCGCCUCCACCCGAGGAUGAGCCUCGCGUCACGGCCAAAGCAGCCAAGCUCAUGGGUAUGAAAUCUGGCAAGCUUGAGCGGCGUCAAUCAGUAAAGGGCAAGUCAGCUGUUCCUGAUCCCUAUCCUAUUGAUGACGACGAUAUGGUCAUGAUUCAUACUCAUGACGACCCGCCUGUCGUCAACGGCGGUACUGUGAAGGAGAAAUCAAAGUCCAAGGCCUCCAAAUCAAAGAAAGAGGCGAAGUCGCACAAAAAGGAUAUCUCCCACGAUGAUGAUGUAGUCAUGGUUGAUGUUGGUGCCCACGGCGAUCCCUUGGUUACUAGCGGCCCCGAUGACCUCGCCUUCGUUGAUCAUCCAUCUCCUUUGAAGAGAAGCAACACAGCCCCAAGGAGAUCUACCGGAUUUUUCGGCAGCAUUUUUGGAGGUGCAAAACAGGCAGAGGUUGAACGGGAGAGGCCCAGAAGCACCACGCUCACGGAUGCCGAGGACCAAGGGCUACCAAUCCGUACCAAGGAUCGAUCGAAACGGAAAUCCCGUGCUGUCGAUGAAGAAGGACUUACGACAGAUGCCCCAGCCGAGACGGAUGCCGAUGUUGAAGCUCGCCGUGCCCAAAGAAGAGCCAAGCGACAGGCACGCGAUCAAGAGGAAGAAGCCGAACGAAUCGAGAGAGAGCAAAGACGCAAGGAGAGAAGGGAGCGUGAAAAGGCCGACUUGGAAGCUCACCAGCGCAGGGCACGCGAGCGCGAGAGGAAGGAGCGAGAAGAUGAGGAGAGACGUCGAGAGGAGCGAAGAGCUCGUCGAGCGGAGAAAGAUGCACGAAUCCGACAAGAAGAACUCGAAAUGGAAGCUGAAGCAGAAAGACGUAGAGAAGAGCGGAGACGUCUUCGCGCUCAACUCGAGACUGAGCAGGGUGCCGACUUUGAAAAGUCCAAGGAGGAUCGGCGGAAGUCGUACUACGCUGAUGAAGAGGAACGGCGAAGACAAAAGGAAUCAAAGUCGAGGGAGAAAGGGCGUGAAAAAUCCAGCCGCAAAAAGCCCAGUGUAUUGGUCGAAGAGUACCACGAAAGCCGAAGCGGUAGUGGCAAGGGCAUCGCACCACCAGCCAACAAGACCAGCUCGUGGGUGCACUCGCAAGCGGACGAGCCGCCGGACCUGCCACCAGUUGAAGGUACAAUCUUGGAUCCCAGUGGGCAGAAACCUAGACCUGCGGACGAAGAGCUCGAACGCAAGCGACGCUCUCGACAUCACGACAAGUAUGCGGGCAUGACGGAAACUGAGAUCGAAGAGCAUCGAGCACGGCGCAAAGGUCGUCGCACUGAGGGCAAGAGUGCCAGUGGCGGCAGCGACGAGCGAGACAGAAGGGAGAGACGACGUCGACGAGAUCGCGACCCUGCCGCUGAUGGCUAUGCGGGUUACGGAUUCGAUGAAGCGCCGGUAAAAACAUGGGACGGUCGACCAGCGCUCGGCAGAAAUGAUAGCAAGAGGAAGAGCUUCCUAGGAGGGCUUUUUUAAGCGCUCCUUCAGUGAAGCUACAGUGCCACAAGAGCGAACGAACGACGACAGUGUGCUUGGCUGGUCCAGGCAAAUCUCGACUACCACUGCAAAAGAUGGGCUUUUAGCAAACAACAGCAUCAGCAUCAGCAUCAGCAUCACCACUCAUUAAGCAUUAUCGUCCAUUUAUUGCGGUCGAUUCUCAAGACGAACACAUAUUUGGUCAGCAUUUUUUGGCGAGGCAAGCGACAUAUUUCUGUUUUUCAAGCAUUCAUUUUACCGGGCAACCCAAGGGCACUGUUGAUCUUGGUGUGGUGUUGUUAUUGGGCAUUGGGUCGGCUGUGCUGAGGACGGUACGCUACUAUUCCUAUGCUAAUCUUGUACGAAUAAGAUGCCAAUGGCCGAGUCGUUGAGCAAGCGGUGCCUGAAGCUACGGAGCGUUUUGUUGUUUGGAUUGAAAGCAGAACCUUUUUUGUUGUCGUCGAAUAUAUACCCCCUCUUAGCUUUACUUCUCGGAACUACAGUAUAUAUGUUUGAUUGCUGUUCGCAAUACAUCAUUUGACUCUACAAAAUA